UCUGCGCAAUUACGCGCAUCGAUGUGACAAGACAUCAAUGUUUCAUAGUCGUUUGUACAAUUAAGAUUGAAACCUGGAUUUAAAAAAUGUAUACCAUUUACAUCUAAUAGGCUAAAUAAGAACAAUGCAGGAAACAAAACUUACCAGAUGUUUCACACAGGAUGAUCCCCACAAUGAGAAAGAUCAAAUAAACCAUAUCGCCAAAUUGCUAAAAUAAAAAACAGAAACUUUAAAAUAACCUAUGCUGUAUUCUAAAUUAAAAUACCACGUGUGAUAGCCUAAUAGCACAAGAAAACAGAUCAGUUGUUACCUUAAUGUUAAUCCUAAAAGAGUGGCUUCAUUUCCAGUAGGUCUAGUCUAUUUCCGCCCGUUCAUGAGAAAAGAUCUCUUCCUGAAACGGUUUAUUGGGAAACAUAUUGCGCAAGUCUUUCCGUGGAAGGACGUCCCACUCGUUUUAUCAAAUGCAGGCUCUCCUCUUCGCCAGGAGACGGCGCUAUUGUUCACUGACGCACUGGGCUGAAGGUACAGAGCCUGAUGAGCGUCUCUUUUCUGGCACUGCUGCAGACGCGGCACGGGUAACCAAAAUGUCCAGGGAAACCUUUGACACUGCACCACCAGCAUCCAAAGUCUGGAUUGCUUUGAAGCGCCUAGAUAAAAAUGAUGACAGAGUCAUUGCACUUCGUGAAGUGCUGAUUCCACCAGGAGCUGAUUUAACAGCAGUUAUUCAUAUUUUCACAAGUACAUUUCGACUGAAUUCACCAAACCUUAUAUUAAAGAUCAGAAAUCAUCGUGGCUUUUUGAUUCCUUUAAAUGGCUCAGUUCCUGUUAACAGCAAACAUAAGCCAUAUGUACUUGAGGUGACUAACGUCUUUCAGCAUGUGGCUGUAAAGACCCGGACCAUUCCCAUGAAUGUGAUCAACAAGAGCAUGAAAACCAGGCUACAUAUCAUUGAUAGAAGGAUUCAAAGAUUGGAGGAGUUGCUACCUCAGAUUAAACAGAGACACAAUGAAAAAUUGACCCAGGAGAUAGAAUGCCUCACCCAAAAGUUGAAUUUCCUUCACAGAAGAAUGCAGAUAGCUGAUUCUCACACCUGGAAGGGAAUGCUGACCAGAGCCCCUUUAUGGUGAAAAUCUGGAAAAAGUAGACAUUUGAAUGUUAAAAUACAUAAUUUUUGUCUGACCUUUAAUCCAAUAAAAGGUGAAUACAGAAAAUCCACUGCAACAGUAGGCCCACUAUCAACUUCUUUGCCAUCACUGAUAUCUACAAAUUAGUGACACACGUACAUU